UCGCCAGUCACUCCUGGGGCCCGUCGGCUCUCUCUCGGUCUGGUCUUCCUGGCCUGCCUGGCCUGCCUGGCCUGCCUCUCUCACCCUCACCCACCCCCACCGCGGCGACAAUUCCUUUUAAGUCCCUCGUGCUGCCAGCCUGAUAACCUUUGCCAGGGGCCUGCGCCUAUUCUUCUCUUUUUUUCAACAUCAUCAAUCCUCUUGUCCCCUCUUCCUCCAAGGACCUAAACCAAUCUGUUUCUUGCUUCGACUGCUUGACUUGCUGCUUGCGUCUUCUGGUUUGCAACAACUGCAUCUCCAAACAAACAUCCCCAGAAAACCACACAUCAAAAUGGCGACCAAGGCGGCUGUCACAUCAAAUGCUUCGGCUCUGGCCAAGUACCUCGAACUGCCCCAGAAUGGCAAGAUCAUGGCAGAGUACAUCUGGAUCGAUUCCGAGGGCGGCACUCGCUCCAAGUCGAGGACUCUGGAUGCUAAGGACGGCGGCUACACCCCAAAAGAUCUCCCAAUCUGGAACUUCGACGGAAGCAGCACUGGCCAGGCUCCUGGCGACAACUCCGAUGUCUACCUCCGCCCUGCCGCCGUCUUCCCCGACCCCUUCCGCAGGAACGGCAACAUCCUCGUCCUCGCCGAGUGCUGGGAUGCCGAUGGAAGCCCCAACAAGUACAACUACAGGCACCAGGCCGCCAAGCUGAUGGAGGCCCACGCCGCCCACAAGCCCUGGUUCGGUCUCGAGCAGGAGUACACACUUCUCGACCUCGACGACAGGCCGUACGGCUGGCCCGCAAACGGAUUCCCCGCCCCCCAGGGCCCAUACUACUGCGGUGUUGGUGCUGGCAAGGUCGUCCAGCGUGACAUCGUCGAGGCUCACUACCGCUGCUGCCUCUACGCCGGCAUCAAGAUCUCGGGCACCAACGCCGAGGUCAUGCCCGCCCAGUGGGAGUUCCAGGUCGGCCCCUGCGAGGGUAUUGAGAUGGGCGACCACCUCUGGCUCGCCAGGUUCCUGCUGCACCGUGUCGCCGAGGAGUUCGGCGCCAAGGUCUCGGUCGAGCCCAAGCCCAUCCCCGGCGACUGGAACGGCGCCGGCCUGCACAGCAACUUCUCCACCGAGGAGAUGCGUCAGGAGGGCGGCAUGAAGCACAUCGAGGCCGCCAUCAAGAAGCUCGAGGGCCGCCACAAGGAGCACAUCGCCGUCUACGGCGAGGGUAACGAGAAGCGUCUGACCGGCCGCCACGAGACCGGCAGCAUCGAGCAGUUCUCAUAUGGUGUCGCCAACCGUGGCGCCUCCAUCCGUAUCCCCCGCGAGUGUGCCGUAAAACAGAGCGGUUACUUCGAGGACCGGAGGCCCGCCUCCAACGCCGACCCUUACCAGAUCACCGGCAUCCUCAUGGAGACUAUCUUUGGCUCUGCCUAAGUUAUUUCUUCUUGCAGCACAUUUUCAUGAGUUCCUUCUUCUAGUUCAGAGGGCGGCGUGUUUGGUUGCACACUAUUUUUGGUUGUUGCACAAGAGCAGUCAGGUAGCCGAGUGGUAGAAUAGGGUUUAGGGCCUAGCUUUUUGACCUCUUCUCCACCACCGGGCUGACCUAUCCAUCCCCAUUUUGAGGUUUCGUUUUUGGAGGUUUUGGCGUCGGAAAAUAACAAGAUUUACAUACUGCCCCCACCCCCCCACGCACAGAUGAGAUAAGAGAGAUUGUGUGUGUGGUGACAGAGAGAGAGAGAGAGAGAGAAAGGACAGGACAGGAUAUCUAUACGCCUGUCUGUAGUAUUGUGGUAGGGUAGAUUGGAGCGCAUCCGAGAGCGGAUUGAUAUACUACUUGCUAUAUGCGAUUUUCUUCGCCGAGCGUGAAAUUAGAUUCUGAAUGCUCGCCCCCACCGAUCAACCAUCCCUAAGUCUCUUCUAUGCUUUUUGUGUGACUGUCACCAUGUUGAUUUUUGAGUUGUCUGGGCGUGGCCAGCCCCUCCUAAUUUGAUGUUUUAUCUUUGUCGUGACGGGUAGAGUUGUUAGAAUGUGUGGCAGAGGAGUAUUAAUGAGGCUGUUGAUCAUGAAGUGGGUCUAUAGUACUUGUAAGGCCAAGUCUCUACAUGUGCAGUGAUGUGAAUAAAAGCUGUGUGUAACUUAGUUCUAGAAUUAAUUGGGUGAAAAAAGUGGCUGAUGCUUCAAAGUUGAGAGAGAGUUCCAAGGUUAGUUGAUACUGAGUGACUCUUUAACUACCUAGGUACCUAGGUAUGUAUAGUCUUUUACGGUUGACUACCACAGUACAAAGGAGCUAUAUACCUUGGGUCUCCC